AUUUGAUGCUCAUUGUUUGUCAAGGAAGAACGAGACAUAUGAACGAUAUGUAUUCAGAACACGCGUGCAACAUGAAGGAGAGGCUUUUGAUUACUUUCUGACCGAUCUCAAGAUAAAGGCAAAGACUUGUAAUUUUAAUGAAUUGAGAGAUUCAAUGAUUCGUGAUCAGAUUGUUUUUGGUAUCUAUGAGAAGAAACCGAGAGAAAGAUUGUUACGAGAAUCAGAACUCACCUUGGAUUAUGCUGUCAAAUUGUGUCAGUCCAGUGAAGUAGCGAGACAACAAGUGAAGCAGUUUGAUGGGACUAAUGCCGCCACUAUGUCAUUUCUGAGUGCAGAAAUUGACGCCAUUUCAUUCAGUGGCAAGAGAAGAGGCAACUCUAGAAGUUUCAGAGAAAAUGACUAUGAAACAUUCUCAUGCAAGCGCUGUGGGACCAAACAUAAGUUCAGACAGUGUCCAGCUUUCGGUAAAAGAUGUUCUCAGUGUAAUGGCCCCAACCACUUUGCAAAAAUGUGUUUUUCAAAAGACAUGAAGCGGGAAAAUAAAGUGCAUGUAGUGGAGGAGGCACAUGACAGUGAUUUGAGUGACUCAUUUUAUGUGAACAUGAUUUCUGAAGAGAAAGUAAAUCAGGAUGCUGCAACAUGUGUAUUAAGUGAGGAUUCAGUCAAGUCUUCGAUGUGGAUUGUUCCUCUUGUGGCUAAUGGGACCGUAGUGCCUUUUAAAUUAGAUACAGGUGCAAAAGUUAAUUUAAUUAACAUCAGAGAUGUGAAAGCAUUGAAAGAAAAACCUCUAAUUAAAAAACGUACUGUUCCCCUCAAAGCCUAUAAUGGACAACCAAUUGAAACACGAGGAGUAUGCAGAUUAAAAAUACAAGUAAAAGGAAAGAUGAAAAGUUUGAUGUUUGUUGUAGUUCCCAAUGGUCAUGAAUCUCUGUUAGGAGAUAAAGCGUGUGAAGACCUUCAGUUGGUUAAAAGAGUGUAUCAAGUCAACAAGGAAGCUGUAGUCUUACAGACUGUCUGUGACAAUAUAACUGACAUUGUCAAACAAUUUUCUGAUGUUUUUGAAGGUCAAGGCACAUUGCCUUUUACCUAUAAAAUACAACUGAAAGAUGAUGCUUCUCCCAUUAUACAUGCUCCUCGGCGGGUCCCUGCACCUCUGCGUGAGCCCUUGAAACAGGAAUUGGAUCGCAUGACCCAAACAGGAGUUAUACAACGGAUUGAACAACCUACAGAUUGGGUUUAUCUAACGGCUCAAAAAAUGGCAGCUAAUUCGAAGACUGGACUGUCUCAAGACGUUGCAGCCCACAUUGCAGAAUUCCUCAUAUCUUUAGGGCAGAGAAUUGCAGGCCCUGUUUCAGACGAUGAUGUGGAUAGUAUACUCUACCAAAUAGAGAAUGUGGUCAGUCUACUUGGGAAAUGUGCUGACCGUUCAUCAUUUGGAAACUUAGACAAUGUUUUGGAGAAGUUACAGGAGGCUUACGAGCUACUUGCAUCAACAAGGGAUACAACAAGUCAUGGUUACAAAGCUCUAGUUCUUAAACAAACUGGUGAGAAGGGACGGCCUGCCUUUAACAUCACCAUGGAUCAGCUUGAAUACCUCCUUGAGCUAGACUUUACUGUUCCUGAGAUAUCCCGUCUGUUGCAUGUGAGUUUAAGCACGGUGAAGAGAAGAUUGAAGGAAUAUGGGCUUUCUGUGAAGCAAACAUACAGCCAGAUUUCUGCUGAAGACUUGAGAAAAGUUGUUAGCGACUUCAUUCAACGUUGUCCAAAUUCAGGAUAUGCCAUGGUAUUUGGAUAUCUUAAGAGUACAGGCAUUAAAGUUACACAAUCUACAGUUCGGGAAACUCUGAAGGCUGUGGAUCCAGUGGGCACCCUACUGCGUGGAUUGCACCUUAAUUUCGUUCAGAGAACGGUAUAUUCAGUUCCUUCACCUUUGUCUCUUUGGCACAUUGAUGGAAACCACAGACUGAUCAAGUGGCGCAUCGUCAUACACGGGGGUAUAGAUGGAUUCAGCCGUAAAAUAAUGUAUUUGAAGGCUUCCACCAACAACCAGGCCGCAGCAGUUUUGGAGGCAUUUUUGGAAGCUGUUGAGCAGUUUGGUUUGCCAAGCAGAGUGAGGAGUGAUAAGGGUGGUGAGAAUGUUGAUGUGGCAAGAUUUAUGUUGGAGCAUCCUCUUCGUGAACCAGAGAAGACCAGCUAUAUUACUGGAAGAAGUGUCCACAACCAAAGAAUUGAGCGUCUGUGGCGGGAUGUCUGGUGUGCGGUCACAUCAAAUUAUUAUGCAGCUUUCCAGUAUCUGCAGGAUAUUGGAGCACUGGACCCAGACAAUGAAAAACACCUAAUCUGUCUACACUAUGUCAUGGUGCCUAGACUGAAUAUGGACCUUGACCUGUUCAGACAGGUGUGGGACCGACAUCCCCUCUCAUCAGAAGGCAACAAAUCUCCGCAACAGUUGUGGGUUUCAGGUCAACUGUUGAAUACAGAUGCUCCAGCUGAUCCAAUGGAUUUCACUAACUUUGGAGUGGACUGGGAUGGUCCUGUUCCUGCAAUGGAUUGUGGUGUUGUUGCAGUUCCUGAGGCCCCCGCAUCCCUUCAGGAGGUUGUACUGGAAGAAGUCACCCACCACAUCCAUCCCCUAAUGUCAAGUCAAUGUUUUGGCUUAGAUCUAUACUUCGAGGCACUAAGAUUGAGUGAAAUGGUCACUAUUUAGGGGCCCAAGCUGUGUAGCUUUCUGAAAUUGUAUCAUUGGCCAAAGAGGCCCAGGUUGAUGUCAAGUUCCAGCUGCCCAUCUAAUAGAACAGACCUACAAGCCACCUCACUAAUCAAACCAUCUUAUAUGAUCUAAAUCUAAGCCCACCAUCUGAGCUAGACUUGUCUCAGACCCUCCAAUAGAGUUCUACACAAUUCAGUGUCCUGCUCAAGCUUCUGUAGACUGUCGUUUCUGUCUCUUGGUUGUUCUCUGUGCAUUCUGUUUCAUCAGUGCUUUCAGAUUGUAAAAGCACACGUGUUUCUGCAUGGUGCCACUUUCAUUUCAUCAGAUCAACCUCAUCCAGUGCAGAGCCCCAUCAAAUCAUUCCACUAACAUACUGUUAAGGUUUUUUUUGUUCCAUUGGUUUAGAUCGGCUCAUUGUUACUACUGCUUUUUGUUUUGUCAAUGUUAUUGUUUGCUUGAUAUCAUAAGUGGAGGAUGUUUUUAUGUGGGACUGUAUUUAUACUGUUGAAAUGUAUAUGGAGAGAUGAUUCUGUUGAUAUAUA